AUGACUAAGAAAGGUAAUCUGAAGAAGAACGCAAAGAGAAAGAACCAGGCUGACGAUGUGGAGCCUGAGUUUGUUUGCCAUAUUUCUCCAACGAUUGAAGCAGAGGCGGGGGCGUCUCAACUCGGACCUGAUACCUUGGAUGUGCAGGACGAUGGUACUGCAAUUGAGGUGCAGCCACAGGACCCUCUUCCAGAAGCAGAUGCCUCUGACGAACCACAAGAAAAAGAGCAGCCUGGCCCUAAGAGACGGAGAGGCCCAACCCGAAUGAAGGACAUUGCCAAGGAUCCAAACUCCAAGGUCCGAGUCGAAUGGACUGAUCUGGGACAACCUUGUGGGAGUGGUUCUGUGACGCUGUCUUCAUAUGUAGGUGCUCUUGUGAGAGAGUAUGUGCCUAUCACAAUUAAUGACUGGAGGAAGAUAGGUGACGACCGUAGAAAUGUCAUGUGGAGAUCUAUUCAGGCGAGGUUUGACCUGGAAGGGGAUACAGAGAAGGCUACUGUCAUGAGACAAAUGGGAUGCAUAUGGAGAUCCGCUAAAUCUCGGAUAGUAGAUAAGUUCAGAAAUGCCAAGAAUAAUACAGAGAGGAUGCAGCUGAGACCCAAGAAUGUUCCUAUUGCUGAGUGGCGUAAAUUUAUUAAACAGAAAACAAGCGCGGAAUUCCAGGUAAUAAGCGAGACGUUUAAGGAGAGAAGAAGCCUUCAGAUUCCACAUACAUGCAGUCGAAAGGGAAUGGCUAGACUGGCUGAAGAUCUGAAAAAGGAAAGCUCGGAUCCUUCAGAAGUUACGAGAUUUAAGGUUUGGGUUAAAUCUCGAACCAAAAAGGACGGCACAAUAGUCAAUACAAAUGCUGCGCAGAAAAUUACUAAGGCGGAAGAGCUUCUUCAUGCUGAUUCUCCUACAUCGACGUCUACAAACCCCAAAGAAAACAUGCUUACUCGGGUUCUAGGCCCUGAUAAUCCAGGACGGUUAAGAGCUAUGGGUAGAGGGAUGAGUGUGACUAAGCUCGCAUGUUUCCAAAUGAGGAACAAAUAUAUGACGGAAAUGCAGAAAACCCAAGCCAGUUUGCAGAAACAGGUGGAGGAGUUAAGAGAACAACUCUUUCAUAUAAACACCCAGAAACCUGAGCCUGAGAUUGGUGAGAACUCUGCGCAGAGAAGUGUCAACACAAGGAAGCAACGUAGAUGUGACCUGUAUGAUUACAGUGGAGGUGACGAAAAGGUGGCUGAAGGGCGUAUUCUAUCCUCUGAUCCUGAAGACUUUGUGAAUGACAUUCCUCUAGGACCAAAUUCCGUUAAAGUCUUAGUUCAGACGGCUAUAAUACCCUCCGCAUUUUUGUGGAGACCAGCUGGUAAGUUGACCUGUAUUGAGGAAGCUGUUGGAGAAGUUAUCGCUUGGCCUCAGAGAUUUGAUGUUCUACAUGAACAAGGGUCCGAAACGGAAGAGAACGACCCUAAGAGCCCAAGCACCAAUCCAACGAACCUUUGUAAACUACUUGAUUGGGCUACAACUGACGAAGAAGUAGUUUGUGAAGUUCCUGACACGUUCCUAUGGAGGCCAACUGCAGAACUCUCAACCCUAGAAGACUGCCUGAAGUCGUUUGUCGCGUGGCCUACGUCUAGGGUACUUUUCACAGAGGACAACUUCGAGACCCCUUUUCAGGACGGUCCAGUUGAUCAGUCUGUUCCAACUCCAUUAGCUCCUACUAAAAAAGCUCCCUCAACUUCUCAGAGUUUAUCUGAACCAUCCACUGGUGAACACUUGGCUCAGCAACGCACGAAUGACGCUGGAAAGGAGAACCGCAAGUGCAUGUUGAUGGAUUUGAAUGGAGAGAACAUCGUUGUUGCUGAAGGGCGUUGGUCUUCAAGCAACCCAGAUCAGAAAGUCCAUUUCACUCCAUUAGGUCGACAUGCGGUUUGCGUUUGGGUUGAUGUGGUUAAAGUCAACGAUGCAGCGGUUUGGAGGCCUUCUUCUUUUAUCGAGGUUAUGGAAGAUGCACUUGGAUCAACCUUAGCAUGGCCGGAAGAUAAGGUGGUAAUGGUGUAG